AUGGAUCGAAUGGAAUAUGGUCCCGAUGGGAAGCCAUGUCGCGCCUGCGUCAGUGUAGAAGAUAUGAUGAAGCGCGGGAAAGAAAUGGCCGAGAAACUAGGGAAAAAGCAGGAAGCUGCCGGCGCAAGCACAAGUGUCGAGAAAAAGCCGUGUCCUGUUGACAAAGAUGAACUAGGCCGUUCUACAUGGAAUCUUCUUCACACAAUGUCAGUUUACUAUCCUCAAAAACCAACAGAAGAAGAUAAGGAAAAGGCUCGAAAAUUUAUGGAUUUAUUAGGGCAGAUGUAUCCCUGCGAUUUUUGCGCGAAGGAUUUACGGAGAGAUUUAAAAAAAGACCCACCAAAAUUGGAAAGUCGCGAGGAAUUCUCGCAAUGGAUGUGCCAAUUGCACAAUAAGGUGAAUGAAAAAACCGGAAAACCACUUUUCGAUUGUAAAUCCGUGAUGGAGCGAUGGCGGGACGGCUGGAAAGACGGUUCGUGCGACUAUUAA